AUUCUGAACAAGGCACGGAACAUUCACAGGAACACUUAGAAAUUUAAAGCUCCUGCUAACAGGUUCUUUGCAGUGCCUCAAUGGCAAUAACACGCCAUAUUCAAGGCUGGACAUCACUGCAUCCCCUAAACUCAGAGCUUACGAAUAUUAGUGAUUCCAGAUGCAUGCAGCAGGAAAAAAUGGGAGGCAAGAUGACAGUAUCCCCCUGUGAAGGAACUGCAGAAGAGGGAAAUUUCUGCAAUCUAGGUUUUGAUCCGAUAUCAGAGGUGUUACAAAUAGAAGCUCGUCCAGACAGAAAUGACAUGCUGGAAUCCUGCCAAGUCAGCUCUGUCUCCCUACAGAGUGAAAGUUUUCUUCUAUGGAGAAAUCGACCUAGUCGUAUCACUGUCGUCAUUAUCAUCAUCUCUGUCCUGCUGCUGGUCCUGAUUUUAAGCCUGACGCUUGGAAUCCUUCUCUCCAAAAGAAAAAUAGACGUGAGUGCUAUUUCCAUUUCCGUAGCAAAUGAUAGCAAUACUUCAGUACGAGAUACCAGCAUUUCAAGAUUUACAGAAAUAGUGCUUUCCAAUUGUGGUGGCUACCUGAAUGACUCUCAAGGAUCAUUUAGUUCUCCAAAUUAUCCCCAUCUGUAUCCACCCAACUCUCACUGCACUUGGGUGCUGGAGGCCCAGGAAGGUCACGUGAUUCAAAUGAAGAUAGUGGUUUUAGAUAUAGAGGGAUAUGGCAGCUGCCUCAUUGAUUGGUUGGAACUAACAGAUGGGAAUACUACAAGCAGGUUAUGCGGCUCUGUUGCACCUACAACGUUUAUUUCUAUUUCCCACUGGCUACAACUAAAUUUUGUAUCUGAUAACAGUAUAAAUGCCCAGGGCUUCCUGGCUACAUAUCGGAUGAUUGAACCGAGCCAAGGGAGCUGUUCGUGGGAUGAGUUUCUGUGUGAUGGACGCCGCUGUGUUCUGCUUCCUGCGCUGUGUGAUGGAAUACCAGACUGUGCAGACCAGAUGGAUGAAACCAACUGCAGCCAAAUACAGUGGGAUUGUGGUGGUUCCCUAAACAGCCUACAAGGAUCAAUUUCUUCACCCAAUUACCCUGAGAAAUACCCUGGAAAGAUUGUAUGUCGGUGGCAUCUCAGUGUGCCAGAUGAGUUUGUCAUUCGACUCCAGUUCCAUGAUUUCAGCCUGGAGAUGGAAAGGGGCUGUACAUUUGACUACGUGGAGAUUCAUGACAGUACUAGUCUUGGAACUGCAAGUAUGAUGGGCAGGUUCUGUGGUUCUCACCUCCCUCCCAACCUCACUUCUUCUGGUCCACAUAUGUACAUAGUGUUUGUUUCAGAUGAAGAAGAAUCAGGCCUAGGAUUUUUUGCCACAUAUGAAGCCUUUAAUGCUACAGCAAUUCAAUGUGACAACACAGAGUUGAGAUGUGAUGGCGGUCAGUGUUUGUCCUUGCAAUUGGUCUGCGAUGGGUGGAUUGACUGUCCAGAUGGGAGAGAUGAGCUGGAUUGUCCAGAUAGAGAGGACACAGAGCCAGUGACACCAUGCCAGCCCCUUCGGGUUCCUCUUUGUAAGGGUUUGUCUUACACCCUCACUGUGUUUCCCAAUCUUUGGAUGUCACUUCAUGAGCAACCGGCAGCAAGUGAACUGCUCAAAGGAUACAAGACACUUCAGGAGCUUCCGUGUUUUCCAGCUCUGCGUCCAUUGCUGUGUGCGCUACUGGUUCCUAGUUGCUCUCCCAAUGGGGGUUCUUUGCAGCCAUGCAGAUCAGUUUGCCUAAAUGCGGAGCACCACUGUCAGGACCAGAUACAUCAACUAGGAUUACCCUGGUCUUUUAGCUGUGAUCUGUACCCUACCCAAAUGCAGCAGCCAGAUUGUGUUGUCCCCUGAGAUAAUAUUUCCUCUUCAAGUUUAACCUCCAGAGGUGACUGUGUAAAAACACCUCUGUGAAAUGUUAAUAAUGUAAG